GUUCCUGUGCAACCUGCUCUGGGUGGACCUGCUUUGGCAGGGAGGUUGGACUAGAUGAUCUCCAGAGGUCCCUUCCAACCCCAUGGGAUUCUGUGUUGGUUGUGUCUGUGUCUGGACUGUCCUUCUGUCCUGGCAGGUGAUGGGAGCAUGAGUGAAAAUGAGGGGGAUCUCCAGCGAGGUGGGCUCCCGGAGGCAUCCAAACCCUGCGGGGCCAUUUCGGACUUUUUCCUAAGGGAAGCUUCUCCUCAUGGUUGCGACCAGGAAGCGUCCUGUCCGAGGCCAGACCUUCUCUCCCCUCAGACGGGGCCGGAGAAGGUUUCUCGCUGCGGCUUUCGGAAGCGGAAGGAGACAGCGGUGCCCCAGCGAGCGUUGAUGGGAGAGAAGCCCUACAUCUGCAUCGAGUGCGGGCAGAGCUUCAACCGCAGCUCCGACCUGAUCCGCCACCAGAGGAUCCACACCGGGGAGAAGCCCUACAUGUGCCCCGACUGCGGCAAGGGCUUCGGCCGCCGCUCCCACCUCAUCCAGCACCAGCGCGUCCACACGGGCGAGCGGCCCUACCAGUGCAAGGACUGCGGGAAGAGCUUCAGCCAGAGCACCCACCUGGUGCAGCACCAGCGCAACCACACCGGCGAGAGGCCUUAUGUCUGCCCCAAGUGCGGGAGGAACUUCUACCAGAACUCGGGCCUGCUCCGUCACGCCAACUUCCACACCGGCGAGAAACCCUACAAGUGCCCCCAGUGCGGGAAGCGCUUCAGCGACAGCUCCAACCUCAUCGCCCACCAGCGGCUCCACACGGGCGAGAAGCCCUACAAGUGUGCGGACUGCAACAAGUGUUUCAGCGAGAGCUCCAAGCUGGUCAUCCACCAGCGCGUCCACACGGGUGAGAAGCCAUACUUGUGCCCUGACUGUGGCAAGAGCUUCAGCCAGCGCUCGCACCUUGUCCAGCACCGUCGCACCCACACCGGGGAGAAGCCCUACAAGUGCGCCGAGUGUGGGACCUGCUUCGGUGACAACUCUACCCUCAUCCGUCACCGUCGUACCCACACUGGGGAGAAACCUUUCAAGUGCUCCCACUGUGGGAAGAGCUUCAGUCGCAACUCCUACUUGGUCUCGCACCAGCGGGUGCACGUGUGGUAGGCAGCAUCCCUAGCUGUGCUCUGGGGGUGAACUAGGAUGCAGCUCCUGGUGGUCCAGGCCUGUCCAAAAUGUGCCCAAGGGCCACAGGGGUGGACAAGAGCGUGACUACAGCGGGGUCCCUGGAUUAUAGGCAGCUGGCCAGAGUAAUGCCUUUGGCCUGUGCUGCCCUUUUCAGUCACCUCCUCCUCCAGCAGUGGUUGCGGUGGGUAGCGCUGCAUCCCGAGGGCCUGUCAUCCUCUUUGCCCGGUACUAGAAUCAGAUGCCAUCUGCUGUGUGGCCAAGGUGUGAGGUGUUUUCUGGGAGCCUGAGGAGAGAAGGCACGACAUCAGGUCGCAGGAUGAGAAGGCUGCUUGGUAACGCAGUAUAAGUGUGUGUGGUUGUGCCAAGGGAAAUAAGAUGGGAGGUGGGGGGUCUUCAAGGGGCUUCGUUCUGCUCGCAGCUGAGAUGCUGUGACCUUUAUAACGUUGCAGAGGUCUUUGGAAGCUCAUCGUGCUCGUGGUCUAAGCCAGCUCUGUGUCUCAUACAGCAGUCAGGAAGGUCAAAGCUAAGUCAGGUCCUGCUGGGAAGCUGGAGACUCUGCAUUAUGCCUAUAGAGUGUGCAGGCCAACUUGAAGAGCAGGCAAAGACCACUUGAUUUUGCUUGUGAAAGGCACGUGUAGGCAUACGCCGAACCGCAGAGGGAAGGCUUGUCCUCAGAGGUUUUCUGCAAAUGCUGCUUGGAUGGUAGGAAUGAAGGAGCUGCGGGACAGGGACAUGGCUUGUCCUGGAAUCUCAGAACCGGUGGGUAACAGAUGUAGGGAACUCCCAUACCUGGAGGCUUAAAAAAGAAAAUAAAAUAAUAAAUUAUACUUGCUGCUGCUAAGACUAAGGUACUCAACUUCACGGGUGUGUGGAGGUCACCUGUGAGUUUGUACGGGUAGCCUCCUCGUUCUGCAGAAUUCACAGAUACUUUUUAAGUGUGCUGGUGUAAGCUGCGUCGCAAAACAGGACGGAACAGUGCUGUACUAGGACUGACCUGGUUCCAUAGCAGUAUUUCUCAAGUCCCAUUUUGGCCGGGGUGUGUGCCUGUGUGUAAAUAACAUCUCUAUGUCUGUACUCACAUAUGUGUGAAGUAGCUUUUAUACUAUGUCUGUCUUCACACACGCGAGCGGUCACGCGUGCACACGCCAGGGAAGUGAUCAAAAUGGCCAGCCGUGACACUACACCCCAUCAGUACUUCUCAAAAAUGCUAAACAUACUGUAUAUACUAGAAUUUCUCAAUAAGAAGCUUGGAGAAAUAGGUUUUGUACCGAGACAUCUUGAGUUUUCAUAUCAGGACAUUGUUUUACACUGAUUACUUUGUGUGUGUGUGUACAAGAUCUGGAAUGGAGUUAUUUUAUUUAUAUAUCUAUCUGAAAACGCGUGGCCCCUGUGGUUGCGAGGAGUGACCCCUGAAUGUCACUCUCCCCCUCGUUUUACACAGGUACAUAUCCGGGGCAGUUGUAGGAUGUACCCCCCCCCUCAUGGUUUUACCUACAAGGAAUUGCAGUGCGACACAUAUCGUUUAUAUUUUUUACUGUUUUCACUGCUGAUCAUUUUAGUGAGGACACUGAGUGGUGUGCUUACCCAGCGCUGCUGGAGCUUAGGAAAGAUUUCUGGUUUUGCAACCUACCUUACUAAUCCUGCGACUGGCUCCACGGCUUCAGUAGGUCUCUGGAAAAAGGAAUACAGACUGAAGCCAGUGAAAAGACUGGAGCUGUGGUGGGGGAAGAGGUGAAGGAAAUGAAGAUGCUGAGAAGAUCUGUGGAAUUGAGCAGCUGCUGGCCAGGGAUGCUUCUGAAUGGCUCGCUCUACAGAGUGUGCUACUCUCCGAGGGAUUGCAGGGACCCCUUCUGCAAAGCCCCAAGUCACUUCUUGACACUCAACUGCUGAGAAAAUGCUAUUUUCAUAUAGUUUAAUAAAAAGGAGCUGUAGGGGGAGGGUGAAAUGGUUUGCAGCUCCUCGAGGAACAAGGCACCUUUAUGUGCAGCUGCUCAGGGAAGUAGAAGGAGCUUUCAGAAACGGGGUGGGCUUUGUUUACAUGGGAACCAAAGCCUUCAUUUGCAAAUGCACAUUUUUGCUUUUACCUUUGUGUUUGUUGUUUGGUUGGUUGGGUUUUUUUGUGUGUUUUUUUUAUUUUUAUGAACAGCUUCAAACCAAUGACUUCUUGAUUUCUGUUCCACUUCUGGAAAGUGGUUUGGAAAUGCAACUCGUGGUCACCUAAUUGGUUCCAGAAGCGUCAAGAUUUUCAUUUGCUAGCAGACUUUGGGAAGGGAUACUGCAGCUCUCAGUUGGUAGGCUCAUUUUUAACCGAAUUCAGAGGUUAUUCUGUAGAACUGAUCAAUUUGUGUGGGUUUGUCUCAUUCCAGUUCACAUUUCCUAAGGGAAAUGUACAGCAUUUAGAACUGUCUGUUUGCCUGGGGAGCCCUGUUUGCCAGGGAGAGGCGUCUUGUGGAUGCCAACUUUUCUUUUUUUGCCAAUCUGAACCCAGUUGCUGCGGCGGAUCCAUGAAAAUCAAACCCAGGUCUGCAGGCUGCUGAGCUCAACUGGAAGGGAAGCACAUGGAGACCCUGGUUUGGGGAGCCAGCUGCCCCUUGGGCAUGCCUUCGUGGUGGUCCUCAGAGCCUUUCUUUCCCUUGCUACAGGCUUUGUGAACUGCUGGGUGUUACUUACAGGGCUCUGUAAAUCGAAAGGAUCGACGUGCGUUUAUUUCGAAGAUGAACUUAUUUUAAACCAUGCCAAAUCAGGGUGGCCUUAGGGCUCCCAGCACACUGCCAGCACAGUAGGCUUUAGCAGCUGGGAUUGGCUCGCUCCCCGGCGUAAGCACAUUUCUGGAGUUCCUUUCCACAGCCACUGUUAGUUCUCGUUGGGUGUCACUUGGCUGAAAUCAUUCACUUCCCCCUUAGCCUGCCUGCUGUUUGUGCUCAUCGAGCUCGGGAGGAGAAUCUGGGCACCCACCCACCCACCCACCCUUUGCUGUGGUUACAGGGCACCUUCCUCUUCCUCCAGGGAUUUAAUGGCUUUGUGGGCAGCACAAACUCGGGAGCCAAAUUCAGAAGACAGAGGGAUGGGCACGGGCGAAAAGUCAAGAACCAGAAGGUUUGGUGUCACAGCAGCUAGCUCACUGCCUUCUCUACCAGCUCCCUCAGGGUCAUAGUGGGAGACUACUGGAAAAAGCAAAAGGUAAUUAGCUACUAUCAUUUCAGGGAGACCAUCCCUAGCACGCUCCAUCCCACAUGGGUGCCCAGAUCCUCCUGCCAGCUGAGGGAGCUCUGUAGAACCUUGUAAAUUCCUGUUGUGCUGAUGGUGCUUAGAUCCUGCAGUGAUACUGUGGCACUUUAGAAAUACCUAAGACAGUCAAAUGGAUGAAUGACGUCUCUAAAAUAAAGUUUUUCACCCGA